AUGACUGAGGCUUCGCGAGAGGCUGUUUCUGCUAAUAAAAUUGUUGAUUAUACACCUGUCCAGCGGACAUCGAUUACUGUGAACACAGCAGAUGGCUGUGAGCUAGCGGGAAUCAUCUGGGCUCCGCGAUCACACGCUGAGGGUAGGGAGAGUGUCUUCAUCAUACUCGUGCAUCCGUGGGGGAAAAUGGGUGGUUCGCAAGCAAACAUGGCCUCGCUAGCUAAGAUGCUCUCUGAACGAGAGGGAUUCAACUGUAUCACUUUCGACAUGCGCGGGAUUGGUCGUUCCACUGGCUCAAGCACCUUCACAGGGUCGGAUGAAGUCAAGGACGUGGUGGCCAUGGCCAACUACGUCAGAGAGAACCUUGUCCCCAAGGGUGAUACCGCCCAGAUUAUCCUGCUCGGGUCAUCUGCGGGUGCUGCAAUAGCAGGCAGUGCGGCUUCGCUGGUCGACAACUGUGUGGCGCUCAUUUGUAUUGGCUACACUUUCGGUUACAUGGCGCGAAUGUUAUUCGGGAGUCGCAUUUCUAAGCUGGAAAAGUUUACUGGUCCAAAGCUCUUCAUCAUGGGUAUCACCAUCUGCAUCACAUAG